AUGGCUAAAGUUGUUCUGGUGAGUAUCUUGGUUAUGCUAAUCGCGGCUCUGGCAAUCUCAGUGGGAUCUCUGAAUGCUUCUCAGGAUGUUCGCCGCUACAAACAUGGAGAUGACAUCCCGUUGUUCGCUAACAAAGUUUAUCCUCGGGAUCGUCCAUGUGCGGCAGAACCAUACUUCAAACUACCCUUCUGUCGUCCAUCACUUAGUAAACCAAGCGACCGAGUAAAAUCCUUGGAGGAAGUUCUGCAGGGUGACUGCUUCACCCACACUCAGUACCGACUACAGUUUCUGGCCAAAAGAAUCAAUCGAUCAUUAUGCAAGAAGAACCUGACGAUAGAAGAAGUUGCAAUGUUCAGGCGCGCAAUCCGCGAUAAAUUUGAAUACCAGAUGUACUGGGACCGCUUUCUCAUUCAGGGCGUAGUCGGCCAAGUUAGAUCCGUAGUUAACUCUUCGAGCCCUAGGUAUUAUCUGGUCAAACACAUUGAUUUCCUUGCCAAAUACAACGGUCGGGUUGUAACCAAUAUAGAAAUCGCAAGUGACUUCAAUUCUGCCGUGGAUAUAACCGAAGACGCUCCUGUCAAAGUCGAGUUCACAUAUUCACUCUAUUGGAAUAUUACAGCAUCCCAUGCUGUUCAAACAUCAAAUGACACGGCUCUGAUGCCCAUCAAUAUCAUUAAGAAGCAAGGGCAAGGCAGUUCCGUUGAGUUCAUUCUGUCAUUAUUCAUCGGCUGCUACAAAGCCUGUAUCGGCUUCCUUCUUGCAUUUACUUUAAGCCUGUAUUCAAAAAACAUAUUCGGCCUUCUAAACCGGUUUUUAUUGGUAGCUUCAAAGCAAAUCCAUGGCAACGCAUGCAGUUGUGUGUCAUACGCCUCCUUACACUGUGCAGUUGUCGGCAUAGGCACUCAGCUCUUCUUUCUAAUUUGCGGCCUAUUUGCGUUGGCUUAUGCAGGAUUUCUUCAUCCCUGCAAUCACACGGAGUAUGCCGUUCAGAUUCUUGUGAUGUAUUACCUCACAUCCGGUAUUUCUGGAUAUGUGGCAGCUUCAUUUUAUAGACGUCAUCAUUUUCAAAAUGGAUGGGCAGUAUGUGUCCUCCAGACUGGGGCCCUGUACCUGGUCCCAACCUUGUCGAUGAUCUUGGUCAUGGACGUAUUAGCAGAAGCGGCCCUUGGGGUUCCGGUCCUAUCCAAUUUUGAAUUCAUGAUUAUAGCUGUUUUGGGAUUGGGAGCUGUCACAAAUUUGUACCUAGUUAUAGGCGCGUUUAUUCCGUAUGCUCCCCAGGCUGAUCGUCCUGGGGCUAGUAGUAGCAGCAGAUCCCAACAUCAACAUGAAUCUUCUUGUCCCCGUGCUACCAACAAAACCCCAACGAGAGUACUGGUUCAUCGGCCAUUUUGGUGCUGGCGAACAGCCUCCCAAAUGUUUGUGGCUGGCCUUGUUCAUUUCAUGUUAGUGUCCAGCCAUGUGGACAUCUUGUACGCAAGCCUCUGGAACCUCAGAGUCUGUGGCGCAUUCAUCACCCUGCUCACUGACUUCUUUUCUCUCAGCUUUCUCACCUUUGAAAUGGGCCUACUUUUUGCAUGGCUUGAGCAUUACAUGCAGCCAGAUGAUGACCACAACUGGCAGUGGAGAUGCGUGCUGCGUGGGGGCUCAACUGCUAUUUUCAUGCUGGCUUACGGCAUCCGCUUCCAUAUCAAAGCAUAUCCAGAAGAUGGAAUGGUGAAGUUGGUGAUUUUCAUGGGCUAUAAUGCUUGCAUAUGUUACGCUUUAUUCCUGAUACUUGGAACCAUUGACUUCUACUCUUCUUUACUCGUCCACAAGCUUGUUGAAGCCCCUUUGGCUGAACAUGAGGGGUAG